GUGGGGAAGAGUGGUUUGUAUUCUGGAUCUUGAAUCGGGUUUUAAAGGUGGCGAAGAUGAGCUUGAGCGCGGCCGAGGACGAUUCGGCUUCGGAAAUUCACAUCCCGGCUGAUAUAGAUUGGCAUAUGCUUGACAAGUCCAAGUUUUUCUUUCUGGGUGCUGGUUUGUUUUCUGGUGUUUCAGGUGCUUUGUAUCCAAUUGUAGUGUUAAAAACCCGCCAACAAGUUUCACCCACUCAGAUUUCUUGCUUGAAGAUGUCUUGUGCAAUCAUGCGCUACGAAGGUCCUAAAGGGUUUUACAGAGGUUUUGGGACCUCUCUGAUGGGAACAAUUCCGGCUCGAGCGCUUUACAUGACCGCGCUUGAAGUCACCAAGAGCAAUGUUGGAACUGUGACGGUUAGAUUAGGAUUUUCGGAUACUACAGCAAUGGCGAUAGCGAAUGCAGCUGCAGGGUUGAGCUCAGCCAUGGCGGCCCAAUUUGUUUGGACCCCGAUCGAUGUUGUGAGCCAGAGGCUCAUGGUUCAGGGCUGCACCAGCAGCACCAAACACAUCCUCCCCAAUGUGAGUUCUUAUAGGUAUAGAAAUGGCCUUGAUGCUUUUACGAAAAUUGUUCAUGCCGAUGGAUUGAGAGGAUUGUACAGGGGAUUUGGGAUUUCGUCACUGACUUAUGCUCCUUCAAAUGCGGUUUGGUGGGCUUCUUACUCUGUUGCACACAGACUCAUUUGGAGUAGUUUUGGUGGCUAUAUGUGUAAGAAAGAUGAGAGUGGCUCAGGCAAUGGGUCUAAUUUGCGGCCCGAUUGCAAGGCAAUGCUGGCCGUGCAGGCGUUGAGUGCAGGCAUGGCAAGUGGGGUUUCUGCUCUGAUUACCAUGCCGCUGGAUACUGUCAAGACGCGGUUGCAAGUUCUGGAUGCGGAAGAAAACGGGCAUAGAAGACCGCUGACAAUGAUGCAGACGGUGAGAAAUCUGGUGAGGGAAGGAGGGUUUGCUGCUUGUUACAGAGGGCUAGGCCCUAGGUGGGCUUCAAUGGCAAUGUCUUCCACAACCAUGGUUACUACCUAUGAGUUUCUCAAAAGAAUGUCUACCAAGAAUCAAUAGAGCUGCGCCGAAAGAAGUGGUUUUUAUUUCCAUGCACAUUUCAAAUCCUUCUUGCCUGGAUUUGGCUACAACGGCAUACCUAUUGCCAUAUUGAUCAUGUAAAUUUGUACAUAGUCUAGUAGUUUUCUUUCAUUUGAUUUGCCCCUUUGUGCAAGAAUUUCCGUUCCGUUUUGAUGGAAUGACAUUAGUAGAUUGGUAACACCGUGUUUCAUAUCGUUGGCCCGAAUUUAAUGAAGACGAUGAACAAGUGAACGGGAAA